GCGCUGAGAUGGCCUCGGAGCUGGCGCUGAGCGCGGCCGAGCUGCCCAGCAGCCCGCUGGCCAUCGAGUACGUGAACGACUUCGACCUGAUGAAGUUCGAGGUGAAGAAGGAGCCGCCCGAGGCGGAGCGCUUCUGCCACCGCCUGCCGCCGCCGGGCUCGCUCUCGUCCACGCCGCUCAGCACGCCCUGCUCGUCCGUGCCCUCCUCGCCCAGCUUCUGCGCGCCCAGCCCCGGCGGCGGGCAGCCCGCGCCCGGCCUCGCCCACCCGGCCGGCGGGGGCGGCCUGGGCCUCGGGCCCCCGGGCGGCGGGGGCGCGGCCGGCAAGGCGCAGCUGGAGGACCUGUACUGGAUGUCCAGCUACCAGCACCACCUCAACCCGGAGGCGCUGAACCUGACGCCCGAGGACGCGGUGGAGGCGCUGAUCGGCGCGCCGCCCCACCACCACCACCACCAUCAUCCCCACCACCACCAGGGCGCCGUCGGGGGCGGCGGCGGGGGCGGCUACGAGGGCUUCCGCGGCGGGCCGGCCUUCCCCGGCGAGGAGCUGGCGCCGUCGGGCCACGCGCCGCACCACCACCACCACCACCACCACGGCGGCCACCACCACCACGGCCACGGCCACCACCACCUGCGCCUGGAGGAGCGCUUCUCGGACGACCAGCUGGUCUCGAUGUCGGUGCGCGAGCUGAACCGGCAGCUGCGCGGCUUCAGCAAGGAGGAGGUGAUCCGCCUCAAGCAGAAGCGGCGCACGCUCAAGAACCGCGGCUACGCGCAGUCGUGCCGCUACAAGCGCGUCCAGCAGCGGCACAUCCUGGAGAACGAGAAGUGCCAGCUGCAGGGCCAGGUGGAGCAGCUCAAGCAGGAGGUGGCGCGCCUGGCCAAGGAGCGCGACCUCUACAAGGAGAAGUACGAGAAGCUGGCCGGGCGCGCCUUCGCCGCCGCCGCCGCCAGGGAGCCCUCGCCCGCCCAGCCCGGCGGGGCCAACGCCGCCAAGCCCCCGACGGCCGACUUCUUCAUGUGA